AAACUGUGUUUGACCUGUGUGUGUUUAUACCAUUAAAAUGACUCAUCACUUCAAGUCCUGGCUUACUAAAAGAACACUUUAAGUCAGGGAUGAAGUGCAAGUAUUCAAGUCCUAUAACUGUGGGCAUGUGGUAGAGUAUUUUAAGACAUGAUCAAAUAUUCUACAUGAAAAGGGCUAAACAGGAAGGAGCAUUCAGCUCCAGGAAGUGGUUCUGUCAAGACCAGGUGAUUAGCAUCUCCUCCAAUCAGACUCACAACCUGCAGCAGAGGUCAGAGCUCUUACUCAUUUGUCUGACAACACAUGGAUCAACUUCACUGCUACUUAUCAUAAAGCCUUUUUUUAAACACUCAUACAAGCCUGGGAGGAGGCUGUCCAUCAUGGUGGAAAAUAUUGCUCCAUGCACAAGACUCUUUGUGCUGGUCUGUGCAGCUGUCAUGUUGUUUGUCAUGUGUCCAGAUGCUGCAAGAGCCAGUCCCAUUACAAUCCAAGUGGACAAUGAAGUGAAGCACAAAGUCCGAAGACGACUGUACACUCCAAAGAGUCAGCAUCAUCAGCUUUUUACAGGUCAGCUAUCACCUGAAACCGGACUCCAAUCUGGACCACCUAGCAACACCAAGACAAUCUGGCAUUAUAGAAAAGCUCCGUCAAUCAUUGACCAUCAACCAAAACCUCUGGGGUUUACAGAAGGCAGCUUUGGUUACAAUCAAAACAGCCCAGAUAACAGACAAUCCUAUGCUGGAAUGACAAGAGUGCAGAGUGAAAUGCUGCCAGCGAACAGUAUGUCCACCAGCAACAAUCCACAUGUAGGAGAAAACGUUCAGGGACUGAAAUCCAGUGAAAAUUACCACCCUACAAAUGGUAAUCUUUACAAUUCAUACCCAGCAAUCAUUAGGAGAGCAUCUUACAAAGACCCUGCCAGUCCCUAUUUUCAGAGCUCCAGUCGUUCAGUAGUUCGGAACCCCAGCAUUGCCCAGAAAUCGUACCAAAAAGAGAAUGCAGGCAGUGGCUACUCGGCGUGCUGA